GAACGUUUAGAGGCGAACAUCCUAAAUUGAUGACAACAUGGAAUAAACAUGGCCCAAGGUAAAAGGAGCCUGUUUAUUGAAGCUCUUGAUAGAUCUGAGGCCAAAAGAGAUGGAGGUUUCAAGCAAAACUGGAGUUUUUCUUUUUCCGAUGACAGCGGAGAGGACAGGAGAAAUGACAGUACUUCCGUGGUGACCAUGGAUGAGACGGAGGGGCGACAGGAGCUCUCCCCUGAAGGGAUGAAGUCUCCCUCCCUGAAGCAUUUUUCAGCUGCAGAGCCUCUGAGAACAUACGAAAGACGGCCAAAUCAUUUUAGGCCUCGGAACAAAAUAGGACCUGGCAAGCACAGUGAGAGCCAGCACCCUUCGACACCAAUGCCCAACAGAACUGAUUAUUACAUCUUGAGUCACGCACCAUCACAAGAGGUUGUUGUACAGGGAAGACUGUUUCAGCAUGCCCAUGGUCCUGCUAUAGUGAGGAAACCUGUCCAAAGCAACCUUGAUUUGAAGGAAAGACACGACUUUACCACCAACCCAAUCCAAAGAGUAGAGAUGGACAGCAUUAUCCUCACCUGCCCAGAGAUCUCAGCUUCAGACAAUAUGAACAUCAAGAGGCGUAUACAGAACAAGCCGAGACCAAUGGAAGAAAAUUUGGGUGGCGUUCCCUCAGCAACCAAGGCUGUCGAGCCUUUACAGCCUGACGAGUACCUCACCGUGUGUGGGAAAUGUGAAAGGCCCAGCAGCGACCACGUGAAGUGUGAUGGCUGCGGGAACCUCCUCGCUUCCGACGUCCCGCGGCCCGUCAUGCCCACCUCCCCUCCCCCCAGGCCCCCCAUCCGCUCUCAGCCCUCCCCCGGACCAACGAGCCUGCAGCUGAGCAAAAACUUCUACGGCCCGGUGCCCGGCGCCCGCUCCAGGGUGGACAUUGUAAUGAGCCCGCCGGUGCGCAUCACCAGGGCCAACCUGGUGCCACCUCACAACGGAAGGGCAUGCGCCAUGGCGGGCAACGCCAGCUCUUAUGUAGCCAAUAUCUCAAAGAGCAAGAAACAGCCUGCUGCCAAGCAGAAUGAACUGAACGACCCAAUUGUGCUGUCCAGCGACGAUGAGGAUGAGGAGGCCGACAACGCCAGCACGGGCAGCGUUAACAGGCUGGACAGCGUCUCCCCACGGCCCGCGGACUCUGCCCACUCCUCACCGGCGCCCUCUGGUGGUAGAGUGGAGGCAGCUGUGAAAGGAGCCAUGGAGCACGAGGAGCACACCUGCGACUUUUUCACUGACAUGGACAACAGGAACACGGUACCCAGGAGAGCCCGCAUGAAAGACGCAUUUGGGAAUGCAGUGUGUGAAGAUCCAUCUCCAAUGAAAAAGCGCAAAGUCAGCUUGUCAUACAAGCUGGAUAGCAUCAUUCUGGAAUGUAGAAGUGUGAGAAUAGGGACUCUGCGCAGGAUGGUGACCAAGCCUGUCAUAUUUACAGUAGAAUACAUACAGCUAGAGACAGAAGGCCGUGACGUGGACGUGCUGGAGAAGGUCAGGCUGCGAGCGUCGGAGUUGACCAGCUGUGAGUGGUGCAGCGUGCGAAAACUCCCGGUGCUCUUCUUCCAGACCAGCGCCGAUGAAUGUCAGAGACUGCGCUGCCAGCUGAAGAUGUCACAGGACAAUGACGGCCUGUGGUACGACUGCAGCGGCAGCAAUCUGGAUGAGAAGUACAUUGUCCUGAUUUUUGAGAAUGGACUCUCGAUGCACGAGCAGAUCAUUCUAGAAGAGAUCCUCGUCGAGAUCGGAAGAGCCAACAAUCUCACCGGCUUUCCCUCCAGACUUACAUUUGAUGAAGCUAAUGUUAGAUUGGUGCAGUACAACAAGGCAAGCAAAGAGAAGGAGAAGGUCAAACAACAGAAAGCAGCUGCCAUAGCUGCAACCACCACUACCAUCACCACAACAACCACAGCUGUAGCAGCAGCAGCAGCAACCACAGCACCAACUACACCUUCCACUUCAGCUGCUACACCUAUCAAAACUCGCAUGUCCACCCGUCUUCACGCCCUCUACGACGAGGAGGACGAUGAUGACAUGGCCGAGCUUCAUCCCACCUUCACCGGCCCUAUUGUUAAGCUGAUGGUUUAUCCACCUCCUCCAGCCAAAGGAGGAAUAUCAGUGACAAACGAAGACCUUCACUGUCUCAGCGACGGAGAGUUCUUGAAUGACGUCAUCAUCGACUUUUAUUUAAAAUAUUUGUUCCUGGAGAAGCUAAAAAAGGAGGACGCGCUCAGAAGCCACGUUUUCAGUUCUUUUUUCUACAAACGACUGAAUCAGCGGGAGAGGAGAAAUGUCACGGACACCGCCAAUCUUCCGAUACAGAAGAGAAAGCACAACAGGGUGAAAACAUGGACUCGCCAUGUGGAUCUGUUCCAGAAGGAUUUUAUUUUUGUUCCCAUCAAUGAGUCAGCCCACUGGUAUUUGGCAGUGAUCUGCUUCCCUGGUCUGGAAGGGGUUCAUCUGGAGCCUAACCCGCUGUACCAGCCCCAGGCCUCGACCCAGGCUAGUGCCGCCCCCUCUAUGAGGGGUCAGGCUAGUCCUGCCGCCGAGGAACCCUCCCCCCACACGGAGCCUUUGUCCUUCAGCCCAGAGGCCAGCUCAGAGGGCGAGCACCUCUAUGACAUGCACAAGGGCCCCGCCGUGUGCCCACACAGACCACCAGAGCCCAUGUGCCCCCACGGUCACGCUGUCAACGGACAGGUCAAAGUUCACCCCCAUUACACAGAUGGCUUGCACAGGAUUAGUGUUUGUUACGGCGAUGACACCUUCACGUUCUCUGAUGACCAAAGCUCUAGUCCGGAUGAGUGUAGUGAUGAUGGGGCACUAGUCGAUGACUCUGUGAGCUCUGAGACCCUGGAGUGGACCUCCAAACCAAACAUCUGCAAACAACCCUGCAUUCUCAUCAUGGACUCAUUAAGGGGCCCUGCCAGAUCCACGGUGGUGAAAACAUUACGAGAAUAUCUGGAGGUUGAAUGGGAGGUGAGGAAAGGGACUCAGAGGAGUUUUGGGAAAGACGUGAUGAAGGGCUCCAGUCCUCGUGUGCCUCAGCAGGAUAACUUCAGUGACUGUGGCGUUUACGUGCUGCAGUAUGUGGAGAGCUUCUUUGAGAAUCCUAUUCCAAGUUUUCAUCUCCCAAUGAACUUGUCAGGCUGGUUCCCACAGCAGCGAAUGAAGACAAAACGUGAUGAGAUCAAAGAGCUCAUUCUAAAGCUUCAGUCCCAACAGCAAAUGGACAAGGAAGGUCAACCCAGUCAGGCUACUGCUCACAGCCCCUGUGAGGACCUGGAAGGCAGAGAUGCUGUAGGGUCAGCUGAUCAGAAUCUACCAAUCAGCUCCUGAGAUCCGUCUGCGCUGCUGUACUCUUACUCUGACUUGGUCCUGUUUGUCCCCGCGCAGCACUCAUGAGUGGGGCUUUCUGUGAUUGUACGCUGCUGGAUGACUCCACCGUUAUUACUGAAACUGUUCUGUUCCUUCCAUUAACAACUGAAAAAAAAAAAAAGAAAACACUUUUAAUUUGUAUUGAAUAAAAUGUGUAC